CGGAAACAGGAGUGUAAAUCUCUUAAUCUUCCCUGGGGCUGUUUUUGGUCCUCAGGAUUUCCACACGCGGGAGAGGCCUGUCUACGAACAACAACAUCAAUGCACCGCUCGCUCCUUCUGCCGCGCUCUUCUCCCCGAUGGCUCGCUGGGCUGGAAGGGGGCUUUUCCUGCCCUAAGCCGGGCUGCGCAGCAGUUGCCCCUAGCCAAACUUCACCCAGCGAUCGCCAGAGGCCCCGGCAGCCCGCCAGGUGCUUCCAAAUCUCCCUUGCGCAAAACCAGAAUCAGCCGGUGCCUCGCACACAUGGGCAGAGCGCGCCGACUUGCAAGCGGCCAGAGAUGGGCCGGCGGUGCAGGGAGUUGGUGGAGGAAGAUCACGCCGAGGCGAAGUGCCCUGGGGACGAAAGGGCAACGCUCGGGGGUCGAGGCCGGCGGGGGAAUUAAGCCCCCACCCACUCCCGACCUCGCUUCCCUGCGUCCCUCCCCCGACACGGGCGAGGAGAGCUCCGGGCGGGCGCCUUGCUGAAGAUGCCACUCCAGACUGCAGCAGUCCCGGGGACUCCGCCGCGGGAAGCAGCAGCAGCAGCGGAUCCGCCGCGCUCGAGAGGCGCCCGGGAGUAAGCGCGGCUCCCUCCGGGAUAGCCUUAACUUGGAAAGAGCUUUCGAAAUUAGCGGGGGCUGCAUGCCGUGGAAGUGUACAACCUGAUCAUUAACUCUGCAGUCCUAAACCUGGCUACUCAGAUGUAAGAUCCAUCGAGUUGCGUGGGACUUUCUCCCAGGAUACUUAGUGGAAAAUGUACACCAGUCGCGAAGAUGUUGGCUAUGAUUUUGAAGAGGAUUCCAAAGACAGGGAGAAGAAGCUUGUGGCAAAUCCAGAUGUUGAUGGUGGAUGGGCUUGGAUGAUUGUCCUUUCUUCUUUCCUGGUGCACAUUCUCAUCAUGGGAUCACAAAUGGCCCUUGGUGUUCUCAACAUGGAAUGGCUUGACGAAUUCAGCCAAAGUCGAGGCCUGACAGCGUGGGUCAGCUCCCUUAGUAUGGGUAUAACCUUGAUUGUAGGUCCUUUUAUUGGUUUGUUCAUUAACACCUGCGGUUGCCGGAAGACAGCAAUAGCUGGAGGGAUCUUGACUGCUGUAGGAUGGAUACUGAGUUCCUAUGCCUCAAAUGUAUAUUACCUCUUUAUAACGUUUGGGGUUACAGCUGGUGUUGGGAGUGGGAUGGUAUACCUGCCUGCUGUGGUCAUGGUAGGCGAAUACUUUGAGAAGAGAAGAGCACUUGCCCAGGGACUCAGCACAACUGGGACGGGGUUCGGUGCUUUCCUGAUGACAGUUCUGCUGAAAUACCUUUGCAUGGAGUUUGGCUGGAGGAAUGCAAUGUUCAUCCAGGGAGCGGUCUGUCUGAACCUGUGUGUUUGUGGAGCGCUCAUGAGACCAGUUUAUUACAAAGAGGAAGCCGCUGAAAAAAGCGGAGAGGGAAACGUCAGCAAGAGCCAUGCAAAAGCUCUCUCUUGCUCUGCAGAAACACUGGCAUCCAAUGGCAUCUUACAGGAAGAGGCAAAAGAAGGGCAAGGUAAGAAGGAAAAGUCUGACAUUUUUUCAGACUUGGAAAACAAAGAUGUAACCAGACACUGGAAGAAUAUCUAUGCUCUUUGCGUGCUGAAGAGGGUGAGUCAGCUGACUCUUACAAUCCAGAAAGGCUUUCGGACCUGGUAUUCUAGUUACUUUGGCGCUGCAUCCCUCUUCACCAACAGAAAGUUUGCAGCCUUUGUGUUUUGGGCCUUAUUUGCAUACAGCACUUUUGUUAUCCCUUUUAUCCAUCUUCCGGAAAUAGUGAAGCAAUAUGGCCUAUCUGCACAGAACGAUGUAUUCCCUUUGACCUCAAUUAUUGCCAUUGUCCACAUUCUUGGCAAGGUCAUCCUUGGCAUCAUUUCUGAUUCACCCUGCGUCAGUGCUUGGAAUGUCUUCAUGGCAGCCAACUUCACUCUUGUCUUCUGCAUUUUCGUUUUACCACUAAUGCACACAUAUGCUGGGCUCGCUGUGGUCUGUGCCCUAAUAGGAUUUUCCAGUGGGUAUUUUUCACUCAUGCCUGUUGUUACUGAAGAUUUAGUUGGGAUUAAGCACCUCGCAAAUGCCUAUGGAAUCAUCAUUUGUGCUAAUGGGAUUUCAGCACUCCUGGGACCACCUUUUGCAGGCUGGAUUUACGACCUGACACAAAAAUAUGACUUUUCUUUCUACAUAUGUGGCUUGCUUUACAUGGUGGGAAUCCUCACUUUGCUCAUACAGCCUUGUAUUGGAAAGAUAAAGCCAUCACCGGCAAAAAACAGAGAAGGUGGAAAAGUAUAGCACAAUGUACUGAGAGCUUUUUUAAACAGAACGUCAUUUCAUCAUUUGUUUUUCCGGAAAUGGUACCAAACAGAACAUCUAAUGGGACCAACUGGACUGAAAGUCACCGUCUUUGGACAGUAAAUAAAGUUCACACUGCCACUAUCAACGGACUAGUGGAAACAAGACUACAGCUGGUAGUUUUAUUGGCACCUUUUCAAAAGCUGAACAUCCUACUGACAUAAUGGUGCAGCUUUGAUCAGUAGCUGAAAAUAAGUUCUCUCUUUUGUUAUUCACAGAGGUUUGACACAAGCACAAUUCAGCAGACUGGAAUGCAGUUACUCCUUAUUUACCGGUACACUAACAGGAAAAAGAGGGGGAAAAUAAUUAGCCCCAUUAGGAAUCACACAUAUGAGAAUCAUUUCUAUUGGUUAUUCCAACUGUUGAUAAAUUAGUUGUUGAACAUCAGCCAGACGCCAACCUGCAACAUGUUACUACACAAAUUAAUGCGAGUUUCUGGGGAACCUUUGGCCCUCUGGAUGCUAUUAGACUCCACUGCCCAUGAACCUCAGCCAGCUUGGCCAGUGGUCAGGGAUGAUGGGAGUUGUAGUUCAGCAACAUUUGAAGGGCAGUAUGUUCCCAACUCUUGUUUUAAGGACUCAAGAUAAUGAAAAUGGUGUGUUUAUUAUUAUUAUGAGAUAAAUGAUUUGUGUCUGCAGACCACGGAGCAAUUUAUUCUAUUUGCGCUAGCUUAAAUAACCUUGAGAUAGCAACAUGGGAAAGAAGGAACAAUGGCAACAAAAGCCCAAAGCUUUAAGUGGUUUACUAGUGGGGAGCUACAUCAUGGUUCUUAGAAUUAAAGGAUCAGUAGCGAGGCUACUGCUGCUGAUUUCUUGUUUACAUAUUUAGCCAAAAGGUGCCAGUCGGAGUGACCUGACAGUGUCUGUGGAUCCGAGGUCAACUGUAGCAGUUACUAAUAGUCCUAGCUGCGGAGGUACAGUGGUGCCUUUUCCUCUGCAGAGUUCAAUUCCAGUUUUUCUUGCAGCAGUAUUAUCAGGAUAACAGAAUAGGUGGGAAAUAAUGAUUGUUUAUUUAAUUUCACAAAGAGUUGAUAGGGGCAGGUCAGAAUUGCCUUCCGUGGCUUUGGUUAAAUUAGCCCAGCCAGAGCAUGCCAUGCCUCAUAUGUCAGAUCUUUUUCCCCCCAUGUAAUUGCUAUGUCACAUGCCUCUGCUAAACAAGCAAGGCUGGAACAUACAGCCUGCUGAUGUUAAGGGGCACCAAUCAUGGCCUCUGCAAAUGCAACACUAAGGAUUCUGGCACUCUUCACCAUCUCAUUCUCCUUCCCUAAGAUUAAAUAGCUUCUUGUGUAGUGACCCCCUGCCAUACAGCAAGCUGCCCCUGCUUGUGCAUGGGAAACAGCUUCUGAAGCUCUGCAACCAAGGGACAAAGCUAGUUCCCAAAAUUACUGCAAAGGAGUUAAAGUCUACCAUUGUCCUAGCUCUUGGAAGUCCAGUGUAUGAUUUCCCCCCUUGCUGCAUUAUGCCUCAAAAGCAGGAUCGGAUUGUAAUAACAAAAUAAUUUAGAUGUGGAAGUGUUUCUGUCUAAUUGUAAAAUACAGUAAGGACUAUGUUGCACAUCAAAAUGCAAACAUGCAAAAAAAAAUUCUAGACACAGCAGCUUUAGUUCAGGGUAUUUUUUGGGGGGCGGGGUGGAGAAGUGGAUGAUUAAUUCUUUUCAGGCUGACUGCUUUUAGAGCUGGAACUUCUUUCCCUAAGAUACUUUUCUAGGUUUCCAGAUGGUGUUUAUCUUGCAGUACAUGACUUUAGAAUUGCAGGGACCUUCUGAAG